UCUUAGUGUGUGUUCAAAAUAUAUAAACAUUGUGUCGUGUCAAAAGUGUCCUGAAAUCCAGUAUUUAGACAAAUUAAUCAAGUCUGUUGAGAAAUCAAGGAUCGGCGUAGAUAGAGAAGUACGUCAUUAAAUAUUUACUGCUCAGCACAUUUUGUAGAAUUCAUUGCACAGUUGCCACGGGAAUAGAGUGCACGUAUCGAGUGAAAUGGCGGAAAGCGAAGCAGAUUUUGGCAACCUGUUCAAGAAGAAAACUGAGAGGCCAAAAGGUGAAGAGAAAGAUGAACACCGUGAGCCGCUGCCACUCGCGGCCCUCAAUUUCGACCCUCGCGAUUGGUACUAUGACAUGUCUGGAGACAAGAUCAUGCUUAUCUUCAACCACAACAGCUAUAAGAGGACUCGUUAUUUUAGGGACAGGCAACCAAGCUCGCGCACAGGCACGUUACGCGACGUGCGCUCCCUGACUGAAACCUUCUCCAAACUGGGCUUCCAAGUCACUCCACACCACGACAAGACGCACGAUCAGAUCCUGACGAUCCUUGAUGAGUUGUGUACGCAGCAACAUACCAACACGUCCUGCGUAUGCGUGUGCGUGCUAACUCACGGAGAGACUGGGGGCGAGUUGUUCGCGCACGACCGCCCGUACGAGAUGAGCGAUCUGCUGAACAAGCUGCAAUACAACGCACCUGGCCUGGUGGGCAAACCGAAGCUGCUGUUCGUGCAGGCUUGCCGCGGUGGUAUGGUGGAUGCAGGGCAGGUGGUACAACUAGACGGACCUGGUGACCCAGCCCGUCUGCCUUCCCAUGUGGAUACCCUCGUGCUAACCUCUUCGGUGGAAGAUUACGUGUCAUGGCGGGAUUAUUACGGUUCGUGGCUGAUUCAGGAGCUGUGCCGUGUGGUGAACGCCACCUAUCGGCAUCUGGAUGUAGUACAGAUGGCAGCGCUGGUCACCUCCCUUGUCGCUCGCGAACGCGAAUCCAACACGCCCAGCUCUCCAUCGACCCAUAAGAUGAAGCAAACCCCCGAAACACGAUCUACUCUCACCAAACUACUCCGAUUCGAUGCCGCUCCAGACUUGUAACCUCCUGCUCCUUUCCGGGUUGACAGUCUAAGGGCUCAUUUACACGGUAUAAAUAAAUAUUGGGGGACACUUUACACAGAUCAAGUAUUGUCCCGGAUUUGUAAGUUCACAUUUUUGACACAUUUGUUUUGAAGUAUGUUGCGAUUUGGCUAAGACGUAUCGUU